GUGAUGCUGUUCGUCGCUCUCUGGGAAUGUAUUGACUGAGGAUCCAACUCUCAGGCUUCCAGCUGGACGCUGCUCUGCUCACGGCGUGGGGUUUAAACCAGGACGCUAACACACCUGACGGCUGAGCUCUGCCUGGCUGCUGUUCAACUAACCAGAGUUCUAACUAAACCAUGAGGGUCUUCAUCCUGCUUUGCCUGCUGGCGCUGGGCAACGCCAAACCCUACCAGCCAAUCAACGUCAUGGACUUCAUGAAAAGCUAUGACAUCAUGAUGGCAGACGAUGACGACGACGACGACGAUGACGACGACGACGAUGAUUAUGACGAUGACGAUGACUGUCCAGCUAACUGUCGCUGUUCACCCAGAGUGGUGCAGUGCUCCGACCAGGGUCUGAUUUCGAUUCCUGAGAAGAUUCCUGAAGAUACUGUGAUGAUGGAUCUCCAAAACAACGACAUCACUGAAAUCAAGGAGGACGACUUUAAAGGCCUCAACAAGCUUUACGGCCUGUUUCUGAUCAACAACAAGAUCUCAAAGAUUCACCCGAAGGCCUUCAGAAACAUGGACCAUCUCAAACUGCUGUAUCUCUCCUACAACCUGCUGACUGAGAUCCCAGCCAACCUGCCGCCCAACGUCAUCGAGCUGCGAUUCCACGAAAACAAGAUCAACAGAAUCCAGAAGGACGCGUUUAAAGGCUUGAGGAAGCUCCAUGUGCUGGAGCUGGGCGCCAACCCUCUGGCCAACAGCGGGAUCGAGCUCGGGGCUUUUAAUGGUUUGUCGACGCUGUAUAUCGGCAUCGCAGAGGCCAAACUCACCGCCGUGCCAAAAGACCUGCCGUCCUCCAUCAAAGACCUGAGCCUCGACUACAACAAGAUCGCCAAGGUGGAAAUAGAAGACUUCAUCAGAUAUAAAAACCUGCAGAGACUCGGACUCAGCUUCAACCAGGUCAAGUACGUAGAAAACGGCAGCCUGGCCAGCACCCCGAGCGUUCGUGAGAUCCACCUGGACAACAACCGGCUGAGGAAGGUUCCUCCGGGCCUGAACUCUCUGCGCUACCUCCAGGUGAUUUUCCUCCACGGCAACAAAAUCAGCUACGUGGGAGUGAAUGACUUCUGUCCCAUCCGGCCGAGCGACAAGAAGAACCUGUACACCGGCAUCAGCCUGUUCGCCAACCCGGUCAAGUACUGGGACAUCCAGCCGGCCACCUUCCGCUGCGUGACCGGGCGGAGAGGCGUCCAGCUCGGAAACUUCAGAAAGUAGCAGCAGGAGACGGAGAACCGCCGCAAUCCUCGAGAUGUUACAAGGAAGGAGAAGCUGGAAGUGAUUCCAAUAGAUAAGACAAAGAUGAAACCGUUUUCCUAAAGGAAGCCAAAUAAGACGAGCUUCCAUUAAGUUAGAACCUUUAGUCGUUUAGUAGAGAAGUCCUCUGUCAGGAAAGCUAUGAGUAGUAAAGCCACCACACGAGGAAAUGUUUGAGCAGCACGGUGGCUGUAAGAGCAUGAACAUUAUUAUUAUUAACACCCAACAGGAAUCCUGCCCACCGGGAUGGGGAUUCCUGCCUGUAGCACCUCCACCUCCAUGGUGUAAACUCUCCCAGGAACAAAGCGCCUCCCUCUGGUCACUCUCUGCAAAACCACUCAAUGGUUCAAUCCCAGUCUCCACCUGCAGCUCCAAACCCUGUCAGACUUCACAAAGCAUGUCACUAGUUCUGACAUUAAUCCUAAUUUUAACUGUUUUACAGAUAAAUCAAAUCUUUUUCCUCCAAAAAACCAAAGCAACUAUUUCAUUUAAGGUACUGUGACAAACUAUAUGUCUGUGUUUAAUGCAGCACAGCAUGUAAUGAAUAAAGGUUUAUAUGAUAAAAACUGUAGAGGUAAACCACCAACAUGAUAAAAAACCAUCACAUAGAGAAAAAGCCUUUGUUACAAUAAACUGAAGAUUUAAAAAAACUCACACUGAUUUAAAAAAAAAAGAAAAAAAGAAAGUAUUUUUAGCAUGAAUGCCAUCAGUCCACUAUUUGCAGCAGCUCUUCAUGUUUUUUUUUUUUUUACUAUUGUACACUAAAAAACAAACAAAAA